AUGGCGAUCGCCGGGGGAGUGCCGGAGGCGGCCGCCCGCGCCCGAGAGCCCCGGCCCCAGUCCGACCUGGAGGCGUGGCGCAGCCUGCUCAGCAUCUUCUCCAACUACUCCUCCGUACUGGACGAAUGGGUGGAAAAGAUGCUGGAGGAAGCAAAACGACACGAGCAGAACGGCGAGCCCGAGCUGUGGAUCAUGAACAAGCCGGCGCAGUCGCUCUGCAUCUGCGUCAUCAUCACAGCGGCCGUCAUCCUCAACAUCUGCGUCAUCCAGAACAUCUACCACAACGACCUGAAGCUGAAAACCGUCCACUUCCUUCUCAUUAAAAACCUGUGCAUCGUAGACUUGAUCGGGGCGCUGUGCGUGCUGCCCGUGCCGCUCAUCACCACGAUGCAGGGCGAAUGGACCUUCGGCGAGGUCAUCUGCAGCCUAAACAGCAUCAUCAACGUGCUGCUCUGGCUGCAGCACAUCAUCAUGUUCAUCAUGCUGAAGAUCGACCGCGUGCUGGCGUCGUGUCUGCCCAUCGGGAAGUACCCCCUGUUCCCCAUCCGGUUUAUCAGUUUCGUGGUGAUGCUCUCUUGGCUCUUCUCGUUCAGCGUUGCUGUGUUUGUCACCACCAACUACGACGCCCUCUUCGAGCCGGCCAUCAUCCUCUGUAUCCCCGACCUGCCGUCGGUGUUUUUCAUCUUCAUCCUCGUCAUCUACUGCCUCGCACUCUUUACCAUCAUCGUCGGCUACGUGCUAGUGGCCAUCUUUUUGCGCCGCAAACAGGUAGCCGCGUCCCACAACCCGGCCAGUGUGCACAUACUCGACUACCGUGGUCUGGAGCGCACUGCCAUGGCCUCGUUCCUCGUCACGCUCAGUCACUUGGUGCUCUAUAUUCCGACCCUGCUGGUGAUCGGCCUUCAUGGCUGGAUCCUGCCUCCGAUCGGCAUCCUCAUCUGCGACAUGAUCGUCUACUCCGAGUUCUUCAUCCACCCGGUCAUCCUGCUGGCCACGUCGACUCGGAUGCGCAAAGAGGUGCGCAGCACACUACGCCGUCUCCGCCAGUCUUUUUCGCGUCGGUAG